AAAUGGAGAUUUUUAUCGCGACUAGUUCCUAUAAAUUUUCAACAAAGAAAUGACCAUCGUGAGUUCUGUCAAUUCGAAAAAAGAAGAAAAAUGUUCGUCAAAUUCAUUUUUCUCGCAAUUGUUUCAUCUCUGAUAGUACAAACAGAGAGCAACCUCAUCAGCGUGGUGCAGGUAUUUCGACAUGGUCAGAGAACUCCGAUUUGGUACUAUGAGAACGACCGGUAUGAUAAAGAUUAUUAUUGGCCAGUCACCGCAGGACAAUUAACCACAACUGGUAUGCAUCAACACUACACUCUAGGCAAUUUCACUCGCCAAAGGUAUGGUAGCUGGCUAGGACGUUACUCUCCCCUGACUUUCCGAGUGCAAACUACAGACGUCGAUAGAACUCACAUGUCUGCCCAAUGCGAUCUCGCUGGAUUAUUUCCCUCCGAAGGUGAUCAAGUCUGGAACGAAAAUUUCCCCUGGCAACCGAUACCAGUCCACGUUUCGGACCCGAGAGUAAUGAGCCCCUACACAUCUUGUGCCGCUUACACUGAAGAAGUUGACAGGGUUUUGUUGGACACAGACUACUAUAAAGACAUCGACGAGGAAUAUAGGAGCGUUUACGAAUACAUCACUCUCAAUAGUGGAAGCAAAAUUACGUCGGUAACAGAUGCUAAUAAAGUUCGCGAUGUGCUGCUUAUUGAGAAUGAAUUUGGAUAUACUCUACCUGAUUGGACGAAAUCGGUUUUUCCUGAGCCACUCAAUACUCUGGGGGGUUAUGCAUUCCAGUCUUAUGCAUAUAACACGAAAUUAGCAAGACUAAGUACUGGAAUUUUCAUCGACACACUCAUCAACCACUUUGACGACAUGAAGAACUCCACGAGUACUCCCAAAUAUCAAAUGUACAGUGCCCAUGACACCAACAUUGCCCAAAUUCUUUCAACUUUGGGCGCCGUCCAAACAUAUGCGCCAUAUUUCGCCAGCACCAUUUAUUUCGAGUUGCGACAUCUACUCGGCGUAUAUUUCAUCAAUGUCUACUACAAAAACGGAGACAAUUUCGAGAAGAUAAUACCAAAAGGGUGCUUAGUCUUUGAUUGCCCGCUGUACAAAUUCAAGAGUUUGAUGGAAGAUAUCCGCCUUGACACUGAAACUUGGGAAAGCGAGUGUUCUGUAACCAGCAAUCGUAAAAUAAGCACAUCUGUCCAGAAUCUCUUCCUCCACCAGGAGCCCAAUGGUCCUGGACACAAACUGGGAACAUAGAAAUGUAAUAUGAUGUAAUAAAAUGCUAAUAUAUCAUUAUCUCAUCUCAUAUCGUAUUCUUUCAUCCAAAUUUGUAUCCGUUCACCAUCCCUUUUAUUAUUCUUAUCUCUUGUAAAGUUGAAACUCAAUAUUAACAUUAAUUCGAGAGGAACCAGAAAUCUAUACGGUGAGUGCAAUCAUUGAAACCACUACUUGAGGCAUAGAUUGUUUUCAUUCCAUGAUCUACUAAAGUGAUAUCCUUCUGAACCCAGUGGAACAGAUUAGGCUGACCACUGAUUGUGAUCUGAACAAAAAAAGAGCUCAUUUCACCCACUUCAUCAAAGAGGUAAAGGUUGUAAUUAAUAUUCAAUUUACUGUUGAUGAAUUAUUUCAUUCAUACUAUUCAUAGGUAUACCUAUUGGAAUAUAAAAACAGUGUAUGCCGAUAAUGCAAGGUGUUAAUCCCAGGGUGAUUUCAAGAAGAUUAGUUAAUAUCGAUAUAUGUCCUCAAAUUCUCAGUUUUUGAGAAAAAAAAAGUUUUCUAACAUAAUCUUCAUACAAUAUUAGACAUUUUUAUGAAAUUUUGAACACACCUCUUCAUCAUUAAGGAGCAUUUUCUAGCCUUUCAAAAUCUUUACCAGUGACGUAUGGAGUUAGAACUAACUAACUAAUUUUUGAAGAAAACAUGGUACGAUUCUUUCCAAAAUCAGAAUUAUUCCUGUAAUCUCCAUUCAUUUUGAAGGAAAUUUCGUUCAUAGACUUACUUUCAUACGGCGUACCGGUUUCGCGUAAGAAAAUAACCAAACAUUUGUUUUUCUC